AGACGAGGGGAAUAGAAAGGGGAAGCUCUGUAUCACUACUCUGGAUUUAAGCAGGACUAAACUAAGACUAAACCAGGACUAAACUAAGACUAAACCCGGAUUUAGCCACUAGGACUAAACCAAGAUUUUAUCAGGACUAAAGCAGGAUGAACCCAGGAAUAAACAAGAACUAAAUUAAGACUAAACCAGGAUUUUAUCAUGACUAAACCAAGACUAAACCAGAUUUAACAACUAGGACUAAACCAGGACAACACCAGGAAUAAACAAGGACUAAACAAAGACUAAACCAGAUUUAACCAUUAGGACUAAACAAGGAUUUUUUUCAGGACUAAACCAGGACAAACCCAGGAAUAAACAAGGACUAAACUAGGACUAAACCAGGACUAAACUAGGAUUUUAUCAGGACUAAACCAGAUUUAACCACUAGGACUAAACAAAGAUUUUAUCAGGACUAAACCAGGAUUUUACCUCUAGAACCUUCUCCCUGGCAGUUUCAGGUAGCUAUGGCUAUUUGGAGAAAGAUGUGGCGCAGAAACCUUUUGUCCGUGUCCCUGCUCCUCUGUGUCGUCCUUCACUCUAUGAAUGUGAACGCGCGACCGGCCAACAUGUCCGCCGCCAAAGAGAAAGCCCAGGACAGCAAGGACGAGAACGAGAUCCUGCCCCCAGAUCACCUCAACGGUGUCAAGAUGGAGAUGGAUGGGCACCUGAACAAAGACUUCCAUCAGGAGGUUUUUCUGGGCAAAGAGAUGGAGGAGUUUGAGGAGGAUUCUGAGCCGAGGAGGAACAGGAAGAAGCUGAUAGAAAUCUUCACAAAAGUUGACUUCGACAAAGACCGGAGCAUCAGCGCGAAAGAAAUGCAGCGCUGGAUCAUGGAGAAGACGGAGGAGCACUUCCAGGAGGCCACCAUGGAAAACAAGAACAGCUUCAGAGCGGUCGACCCGGACGGAGACGGUCACGUGACUUGGGAUGAAUACAGAAUAAAGUUCCUGGCGAGCAAAGGCUUCAACGAGAAAGAGGUCGCAGAGAAGAUCAAGAACAAUGAAGACCUCAAACUGGACGAAGACACUCAGGAGGUGCUGGAGAGUUUGAAGGAUCGCUGGUACCAGGCUGAUAACCCCCCGGCCGACCAGCUCCUCAACGAAGAGGAGUUUCUGGCCUUCCUGCACCCGGAGCACAGCCGUGGCAUGCUCAAGUACAUGAUCAAAGAGAUCGUACGAGACCUGGACCAGGACGGUGAUAAGAAGCUGACUCUGUCUGAGUUCAUCUCUCUGCCCAUGGGCACCGUGGAGAACCAGCAGGCCCAGGACAUCGACGACGACUGGGUCCGAGAGAGAAAGAAGGAGUUUGAGGAGGUGAUCGAUGGUGACCAUGACGGCAUCGUAACCAUGGAGGAGCUGGAGGAGUACAUGGACCCCAUGAACGAACACAACGCUCUGAACGAAGCCAAGCAGAUGAUCGCUGUGGCCGACGAAAACCAGAACCACAAUCUGGAGCUGGACGAGAUCCUGAAAUACAGCGAAUACUUCACCGGCAGCAAACUCAUGGACUACGCUCGGAAUGUCCACGAGGAAUUCUGAAUUCUGGCAAUAGGGAACGCUCACAAUCUGAUGGUAUUACUGUGUGUAGUGACUAUUCUGGCUUUUAAAAGUACUCUUACCAAUACUUUUAAGAGAAAAUUCCCAUGUGGAUUAACAAAAGUCUAAAUAUGGAAACAAAAUUGCUCUACUACCUUUUGGUCAUUCGUUAUGACUAAACAAAUGCGACCAGAAAUUUGAAUAGCUGCAUUUUCUGUAUUUUAAAGGGGCACUGUGUAACUUUUAUGUUGGAGGAUCUGUCACCAUGUUUGCUUUGCCUGGAUUGUUCCACAGUACGGCAUAAAACAUUCCAAAAUAUGGCUUUUUCUUUCUAUCUCUCUGGAAACGAGCAGCGAUACCACAAGUCCAAAUAAUAGUUUUUACCUCUAAUAAAACUAUAAAAAAUGGAAUGACUGCAACAGAUAUACCAGUAAAAUGUUUAAUACUGUACUGUGGAACAUUUUCUGAGACAAGUAAGUGGGUAUCCUCCGCUAGAAAAGUUACAUCGUGAAUCUUUCAUUUACAGAGUAGCCCAUUCCGACUCUUUGCACACUUGAGUAAAUCAGUCACAUGAAAAGUUCCCAUUUAAAAAAAAAUUCUCAUUUGCAGAUUUUUGUUCUGUAAGUAAAAAAAAAACUACUCAAGGAAAAAGCAAUACACCGAUUACGUUUUAUUAAACAAAUUCAAAUGUUCCAAAAUCAUUAAGAGUACCUUUUUAAGAGACUUCUCGGUACUUCUUAAAACGCUUCUGGCUCUCUCUUCCUGCUGUACUGAACCUAGAGCAGCUCUGGUUUUGGUUUUGAAGACGUUGUUUGGUUUUUUUUGUGCAGUGCUGUCUAAGCGAGCCCGUUCUCACCGGGACGUAUCUUUGGCGAUCUUUAUAACGCAGCCUUUCACUCGGCUGUUCUGCCUUUUCUGUGCCGUUGGAUUUGUUCUAAAUACACCGCAAAAACAAUAUCUAUACGAGAUUAAAUGACUUGAAUUCACCGUUUUGACUUAAACCGUUAUCCUCUUUUCUGGAGAAAGAGGGUCUGCUUAUCGUCGUGGAGAUGUUACUGCUUUGCCUGGAGUGUUCCACAGUACGGCUUUACACCUAGAGGCAGUUCUGUGUCUUAAAAGCACCUCAAAACAUGCACUUUUAUUAUGAGCGCAGUCGCCUCUCCGCAGAUCUGAUCUGAAAUUUAUCUUGCGGGCAUCAUCCGUGUAUAGAGAGAUGUUUAAUGCUAUACUGUGGAACAUUCCUGGCAGCGAAUCAAUAUCAUUUUCACGGAGACCAGCAGGCGGCGAAGUUGAACCCUGCACUUAGAGCGUCUUCAAUUCGUUUUGGCCAUUUCAGAUUUAUUUACACAUCGUAGUUCUUUUCUGAAUUCAAGUCAUUUUAACUCGUGGAGAAAUCUUCUUGCAAUGCAGCUUAACCUGAAGAAUAAACUCGGCAGAAGAUUAUGUAAUAGCUUAUAUGUAUAUGAAGAAUUUUAACCUUUCUGUAAAGUUUUCCCGAUGCAGCGAGGCGGGGAGUUCUACGAAUGUUUUGUUUUUCUUUUCCUUUUUUAUCUGUAAAUCUGUAAAUAAUAUACAUUGUCAUAUCAAACUUUAGUGCGAAGAAAAGGCUGCUGGAAAAAAAAUAUUUAGCUGAGAUGCAAAGGGACUCCCUAAACGUGCGGGAUUUCGUUACGGGGCGGGACUCUAAGCCUUAUAUUAACCGUUCUUAAGUCAUACCCGAACCUUGAAGAGGCAGGAUCAGGGACUAGAUUUGUGCGGAUGGGCCAUUUUUUUCAUCCACAACCGCAUCACAAAACUCAUCUUCUGUCCGCUAUCGAUUUGCACCCACGGAUUUUUGACCAAUUUUCAAAACUGCACCCGCCCGCCAUCCUGCUCGGUCUCCUCUAAGUUGCUCAGAGUUGCGAGUUUUUAAUUUGUCGGAAUUUAGUUAAAAUAUUAUUUUUUGUCACGUCAUCCGCCCAACUCCGAGUCCGUAGUUGUAACCGUCAUCCGCACAUCUCUAUUAUAGACAUGUUUUAUUUAUUUAUUUAUUUUAAAUGUCAUCCGUGCAUGUUUGAAUCAUUUAGUGAUCUCUCCUUGGCCCUAUUCGCUCCCACAUGACACUUCUACUAAAAAUACAUGACAUUUUUUUAUAGCGCUUUUCAAGAUACUCAAAGACGCUUUACAUCAGGCUUGUCCAAACUAUGGUCCGUGGGCCAGAUGCGGCCCUCAGACUAAUUUUUCUUGGCCCUCAGGCUUCCAGGUGAAUUGGCCCAAAUUACCUUGCCUCAAUUAAAAAUAAACUUUUACUUUUACUGAUGGCUUAUUCUAACGUGUUAAACAUGCACAUAUUUCAAUUAUUUACUCUAUUGAGCUCCGGUCUACGGCCCUCGAUCAGCCCUCUGUUUCGUUUGUGUUUAGAUAUGUGGCCCUUGAUGAAAAAAAAUUGGACACCUCUGUUUUACAUGAAGAGACAAACAAAGGCAAACAAGAGAAAAAGAUAAAAAAUAAAUAUACAAAAGCGUGACACAAAAAUAUACACAGCAACUUCACAAACCUGAUGCAACGUGCAGUAGUGACAAUGAUUGCGUUGCGACAGAGUGACUUAGCACGGAGAGCAAAGGAAGUGGAGACUCCGAAUGUCAAAAAAUGAAAACGAAACUUAUAAAACAAGUUAAAAUGUUGUUUUCAUUGAAUACAGCAUUUUCAAAACCAUAAAAGGUAACACGGUGAUCUAAAUAUGUGACAAGUUAGCAGUUAAUACCCCAUAGAAGUAAAAGUACCCCCUCUUUAACCUCAGAAUGAAACACACUACUGGUCAAAAGUUUUAGAACACCACACUUUUUCCAGUUUUUUACCGUUUACUGUUGACCAAAACGUAUUCUAAACUUUUGAUUCAUGAAAGUGUCCACCUUUGGCAGAUAUCACAGCUGAACACACUCGUGGCUCAUUCUUUUUACAACAAAUCAAAUAUUGUUCAGAAAGUUCCUCCCAAGUCUGUUGCAGAAGUUUCCAUAAAUGUGUGGCACUUGUAGGUUGCUUCACUCUUCUGUCCAGUUCAUCCCAAACCAGCUCCAUGGGGUUUAAGUCUGGACACUCCAUAUUUUGAAGCUUUACCAUCUUGUUCUUUUUUCCUGAGGUAGUUUUGGCAGAGUUUGGACUUGUGUUUUGUAUCUUUUAUCUUUUUUUAACCUCUGUCUGUUCAGUUCUUACCUUAUCAUUUCAAGCUCUUCACUGAACUUGCACAACUUGAACUGCAAUAAAUAACUGGGAAAAACUAGGGCAUUCUUAAACGUCUGACCGGUAGUAAUCUCCACCCCUGUAACGAAAUGGCAAAUAUUUAGGGAGUCGCGAAAUGCAAAUGAACUUUAGUCACUUUAUUCAGCAGCAGCAUGUUACUCUAGUCGUCACUGAAUGAAUCACACGAGACCAUCCUGAGAACGAAAUACGAAUAAAAACUACAAUGUAAAACGCGUAUCCAUGGGUUUCAGCUCCCUGUUUAUAAAUGCCAUUUUGAGUACUUUUACCAUUCAAGAAAUAGAGAUAAUAUUUAGUUUUGAAUUGUUUAUUGCUAUGGCAACAGUGCACAUUUGUCAUCACUGAAACCCAUGGAUAGACAUAGGGCUGCACAUAAUCACAAUUUGAUAAAAUAUUUGUAUGUAUUCUAGCAAAAACACAGGAUAGUUGGAAGAAGUUCAAUGAAAUCUAAACUUAAAGACCUGUACCUGAGUUUUACCGUCUUAAAAAAACGUAAACACAAACUAGUUCUUAAACGAUUCGCAACGGCUCCAAAGUUCUUCCGCAUCUGCACCUAGACAAUAAAAUCAAGGCAAUAAAAUUCUUUCUAAUUAGAUGCAGACAGUACACAGUGGGCUUAUUUUGACCUCAAGAGCUGCUUAUAAAAUAUAUCUAUACUGGAGCGAGACAUUUUACUCAAAUACAUGGAAGAAAAUCAAGUACACGCCUUUUAGCUUAGAUUUUAAAAAUUUAAACUUGCAAAUUCUGAAACAAUUCCUCUAUUUUGAUUGAGAAUACCCUUAAAUUCAAACCGUCAGCACUUGAAUAAGGUUUGUUACACAGGUUAUAAAUAAAUAAAUAUACAAAUUCAUGAAAACGAUUGGUCACAGUCCGCGUAUUUUCAGACGUAACCGAUAAUUGUGCAGCCCUGUCACAAUACAUUGCACCAUAGUGAUUCUAGCACUAACUAUUGACACACAGUUAGAUCCGCCUGCGUGAGACCAGUCCAGGUGACUUCUGUGAUAAAGAAUAUUUGUUUUAAUAUAUUGUGUCACAAAAUGUUUUAUAUUGACUUAAAGUUACAGAAUUAACUACAACACUACUCCAUAGAGACUGGGGCUUUUCAUUGGUUUAUGUUUUGCAAUUUCAUGUAAAAAAAAAAUCCACACAUGUUGAACCUUGAACAUUCUGGUCAAGAUUUAAGUCUACUUAUGAUAAAGCUUUUCUGUUGUUUUGCCAUGGGAAAGUCAGUUAAGUUCAUUGUCUUGUCAUAAUAUUUCUGGUAUUUCAUAUGGCAUUCAUUCACGCAAGCAUUAAACCUUAAAGGGGUAGUACGUAACUUUUUAGGGUGGUGGUAUGCUGCAUGCUCGAAUCUAUGUAGCUUGAUGUUAUUGUGUUGUCUGGAAAGUUCUACAAACAUUUAAAUUUACAUGGAGAAGCCAAGUGAAAUCCCCAAGAUACGAUAAGCAGGUCAAAUGUUAUAUUUUGUAUGCACUAAAACCACCUACAAUUUAAUAAAUACUGUAUUUUUUGGACUAUAAGUCGCACCAGAGAAUAAGUCUCACUCUUUGGGGAAAUGUAUUUUAUAAAAUCAGAGACCAGAAACCGACAUUUCAUGUUGAAAGUCAAGUUCUAGUAAAAACAGAACAGAGAACAACAGACUGUUAAUGUCCCAUAUGAACAGUUCUUCAGAUAAAUAUAACAUAAACAACAGAACAAGUUUACCAAACUCUCCAUCUCACUCCAAAUCACUAAAUCCAUUCAGUUCUUCAUCCUCAGUGUCACUUCCAUGUGACCUCCAGAGAUAAACCAUAGAUCCAUGAUGUAAACAGAGCACCGCUUCCUCUUCUGUGUAGCUGUCAUCAGACUCAGCAUCAGUUCCAGUUAGAAUUAUUCCGGCCUUUCUUAAUCCAGACAGGAUGGUUUGGAUUGUCAUUGAAGUUCAGGCUUUGUCGAUCCAUCCAGUGACUUCCAGGGAAGUUACAUGGUGCAUCCUCCCGGUUGCCAUGAAGCUGUGUUCUCCAUCCCCACUUUCCAUCAAGUCCCUCACAAGUUUCUCACUCACUCCAAACUGUCUUUCUGCUGCUCGAUUACCAUUUUUGGCUGAAUAUUUCACUAUUUGCAGCGAGACAGCGGCUAUUUCUGCAGGAGACAUGCGCAGUAGAGUGAAGUGACAAUGGUACAGGAGGAACAGGAGCAGCAGAUAUUGACACACAAGACUAGAGCCUCUCGCGGCUGUCAGUGUAAAAACUUUAAUAUAUAAGUCACACCAAAGUAUAAGUCACAGGAAACACCCAAACCAUGAAAAAAAAUGUGAUAUAGUCCGAAAGAUACGGUAAUAUCUCAAUGGAACUGAGCAGGUAGUGUACCCCCACCAGAAAACUUAUAUGUGCACUUUAAUUUUUGUCAGUUUGAGACGCCAAUCUUUGGAAUAUUAUAGGUUCAAUAUUUGUGGAUUUGAUUGUCCAGGUUUUUUUUCAAAAAGGGGUUAUUGCCCACAGAGUAAUAAUGGCCCCAGGUUUUCAUUUCAAAUUGACUCCUGGGUACACAGUUUAUUCUUUAUUUCCAAUGACCUGUGGCAAGUUGGAUACAUUUUUUUCUGUUUCUGUGUUAAUAGUGUAAAAUAAAAAUAUCUUUACAGAAUGUCAUGAAGCUUUACAAAUGUAAUGCAAGUUUGCUGUUAAAAUAAAAACCUCUUAUUCAUAA